CCUCACGUGUUACAAUGUAAUGUGCUCUGUAUUCUGUGAUCUUACAUCACAGUAGCUCACCAUAGAUGGAGCUACUGAACAGGGAAGGGAAGCAGAGGGGGCUGUGUGUCAGUGGAUGUGGACAUGUCUCUGUGUUAAAGAGGCUUGGCUGGACUUAGUGAAACUAGAUCUGCAGGAGGCGGACAAGCAGCAGCAGUAGCAGCAGAGCCUGGGGACACACAGAGGGGAAGCAGCUCUGUCUGUGCAAAGCCUGGACACCACCAUCAGCCUGGAGCUCGGCUUGUAGAAUGAAGAAGAACGUCUCUGCAAAGAGGGGCCCCCUGGAUGGCAACCAACCGCCCAGCCAGCCGGAAAAAGUGGGCUGGAUUCGGAAGUUCUGCGGCAAAGGGAUUUUCCGGGAGAUCUGGAAAAACCGCUAUGUGGUUAUCAGGGGAGACCAACUGUACAUGUCUGAAAAAGAGGUGAAAGACGAGAAGAACGGACAAGAGGUUUUCGACCUCAGUGACUACGAGAAGUGUGAAGAGCUCCGGAAAUCUAGGAGCCGGUCCAAGAAGAAUCACAGCCGCUUCUCACUUGUGCGGUCAAAGCAGCCGGGAAAUACAGCUCCGAACCUGAUCUUCCUUGCCGUCAGCCCCGAAGAGAAGGAAUCUUGGAUCAACGCCUUGAACUCUGCAAUCACACGAGCCAAGAACCGCAUCUUGGAUGAGGUAACGGUGGAAGAGGAAAGCUUUCUGGCCCAUCCAACCAGGGAUAGAGCAAAAAUUCAGCACUCGAGGCGACCACCGACAAGAGGUCAUCUCAUGGCUGUGGCAUCUACCUCAACGUCCGAUGGUAUGCUGACUCUAGACCUUAUCCAGGAAGAAGACGCCUCUCCAGAGGAGCAAAGCAGUUGUGAGCAAAGCUUCAGAGUUGACCUGGACAAAUCGGUGGCCCAGCUAGCUUCCACCCGCCGCAGAUCUGACUCAGAGAACUUCAAAUCUUCAGAGAAAGGAAAGUCGGAAAACCUACAAGCGAAAGAACAAAUUCCUUGGGAGAAAUGGGGUAUGCAUCGUGACUCAUUUGGAAAGGGCACAACCUAUACACCUCAGGUCCCUAAAAAGUUGUCUUAUUCUGAGAAAAACAAAUGUGCCUCCAUGGAGGAGAUCCUGUCCCGUUCAGACUCUUCUGGGCAGCGACCCAUCCCGAAAAAAGCACCUGAGUCAGAAAAACUGUUGCGGAUACAGGAACUGAUUACUCACAAGAUAGAGAAAACUCAGGAACUUCUCACCGAGGUGAAAGAAUGUGGGGAAGGGAAAAAAAAGGGAAAGGAUCACUCUGGGAAGGAGGACUUGGAAGAGGCUGAGAGGCUUUUAGGAGAGGCUUCUUCCAACUGGAGGCAGGCCAGGAAAGUCCUGCAGGAAAUUAAGGAACUGAGGGACCUAUACAAACAAGCGGACCUGCAGCCCAUAGAUCCUAAGCAGAAACUGAGCAGUCAUUACAGAAAAAGCCUAAUGUGAGGAGGCACAGUGUCUACCACAUCCUCAUUUAAAAAACAAAAAAACAAAAAGUAAAACAAAAAAGGAGUAUUUCCUGCUUCUGGCUUCACCAUGCAAAGCUCAAGGACCAUGGCAAGCCGAGGAGCCUAGAGGAGAGGAGACGGGCUUUCUUUUGGCAAGCUCCCUUGGCUUUGCACUUUUCUUAACCCUCCUUGGGGGGGGUUGAACUUGAUAUAGAAUGCAGCAGGCUUUGCAUAUGUGCAGGGAGCCCCAUGGAGGACCUUGGGAGCUUAAACCCUAUUUGCUUGCAGCCUGCACAUUCUGAAUCCAUAGGCCCUGUGGUGUUGAUGUUGACCGAUGCCAGGAAGGCUGUGGGCAUCUGGGCAAGGCAUGUGGCGAAACUGUCUAGUCUUGUAGAAUGUCCUAUCCAAUACAAACUUGCCCUUUUUUUUUUUUACUUUUCUGUUUACAUCCGCAUAGUUUUCAGCGCUUUUAUACCUUCCUGCACCACUGGCACAAUACCAGUCGAGAAAUCAAUGUCUGACCUUAUUCUUCUUACUCAAGCUGUAGUAUAAAGCAGUUCUGGGUAUGACUAUGCACUAUGUACAGAUUCAUUCAUCUUUCCAUUUCCUUUAUAUACUGGGGUUCCAUUAACAAAACAAGGUAGUGCUAGUCACAGUUGAUGAGCGUUUUUCUUAUUAAAAGAAAAUCUUUGAUUCCAUAUUUCAGCAGCUUUAUGCUCCUGCUGGAGGUCCCAAUUUGGCCAUGUUGCUUGCCUGAUUCAUCCUCUCUUGCUACAGUGCUAGAAUUGUAAAAUAUAACAUACAAGCUAACGGGAAAGAGUGCAACCCCCUUUCUAUAGCCAAAACAGCGCAGUGCAGCAUGGCAGGGAUCACAGGAGAGCCGGGUGGGUGGUGUAGCCCUUUAAAUAUGGGAAUGUUUAUGUGAAUCUGCCACAUUCACAAUGUAGAAGAAGCCAUUUUUGGGGAAUCGGAGAAUGCAUCCUCUAGCUUUUUACUAGAAAACAAUAAUGCCAUUCGCUAGGAGCAGUCAUAUAAUGGCUCUCUGCUUUGUGAACUGUAGAUAUGGGGGUGCACUUUAAAUGCAUAUACUCUGGCUUAAUGCAUGAUACAAAGGGUUUGCUUGGUGAGCAGUAAUGAAUAA